UGUGGUUUUUUUUUUUUUUUUUUCUUCCAUUGACUGCUAAGUAUGUACCUCCCUGAUCCGAUUUUGAUCUUGAUCUUGAUCUUAAUCUAGGGUUUUGCCUAUUCCAUGACAAAACCAAUCAAUAAGCUAUUAUCACAUCCUCCUUCCGUCCCCAGAUCUCCAUCAUCCUUAGCUCUGCUCUCAAUCUUCUUCGAUCACAAUCAACGCGUAUGAUCAUUAAAGUUAUUCCAUUUUGAAUUGCAUCUUAAAGCUGUCAAUGGCAUCUGAAGAAAUUUUGAAGGCUGUUUUCCCUUUACUGGAGGGUGUUGAUCUUGCUUCUUGUAUGGCUGUCUGUAAGCAGUGGAGAGACAUAGCUACAGAUGAUUUCUUUUGGAAAUGUAUUUGUGCCAAGAGAUGGCCUUCAAUGUGCAGGCAACCUAAUCCUCCGACUUUAACUUACUACAAGUUAUACAAAACCUUUUAUAAACGCCAGCAUCGUAGAACUCUUCUCCCUCCGAGAAUUUCUUUUGAUGAUUUGGAGUUCUUCAUCGACAUUUGGGCUGAAAAUAUAUUACUUUUCUCAGAAGUGGUGUCUGGCUCUCUCCUCCAAUCAGGUUUUAAAAUUCCACCAUCCGGAGUUUGUGACAUGCUCAAAUUUCACCUGGAGGGUUCUGAAUACAAGAUGACUUUUCCUGUUGAACCUAGGUUUACUAUCCCUUCAGGACAAAAUCAGAAUGUUAGUGUCUCUGUGAUGGUUGUGCGGAAGGAUUCAAACAAGGUUGCUCGCAUCAUAACUAAGUCCAUGUUUGAUUACAUUGAUCGGUCAUCAUAUAGAGCCUUGGCAUUUGAUUACCUAGACAUAUCCCCUGGCCACCCUUUUGUGUCUGGCAUCCGGGCAUGGAUCUCUUUGCUAUUCAUGGAAGAUGGAAAUGAAGAUCUUAUGGAUGUAUUUGGCAUCCAAAUGGAUUUCUGUGAUGUGGCAAAUUCGAAGGAUGAAGUCUUGCGACUACUGGACAUGCUUGAUUGGAAGUGAAUGUUCAAAGUGUGAUAUCCAACAUUACAACAGAAAUUAUUGGCCAUUGUGAUUUUAUGUUAACUUGUUUUGUUGAUAUGGAUGCAUUACAACUUAACAAAAUUUGUCAUCGUCUUACCUGCACGAAUAAUUUGUAUAAUUGGUUGGUGUUAAUAUCUCGUAUGUGUGGAGUAUGUGAAUACUUUAUAAUUAUUGUCAUCAAU